AUGAGUUUUAUAUCUGAUUAGAGUUCAGAACAAUCUGAGAGUGAUGAUUCAAUAUUUCAAAUUAACAAUAUUUAGUAACGUAAACAUUUAUCUGAUGUGGAUACAAUUAUAGCAAUAUUAAGUAUUGAACCAUAGAAUAGAUCAUAUACAUAAUUAUAAUUGUUGUAUGAUAAAUUCGAAUAGUAUGUACAUUACUUUUAAUAAAUACGUAAUAAAUUGAAUCCUAAUAUACUAAUUAAAUUGAUGUAAACCAUUUCAAUUGAAAGAUUUAAUCCAUUCAGUGUAGUAUUUAAUUAAGGAGAAACUGGAAGAAAAAUGUAUAUUAUUUUAUAAGGAGAGGCUGCUGUGUUAAUUAGAAGUCAUGAUUAAAUUGAGAUUCAUUAAAAAAAGGAAGACAAUAAACGAAGAAGUACAAUGAAAUAUAAAAUAUUAUAAUAGGAGCAACUAAGACUUUCGAUGAGUUAAUUUUACAUCGUUAUUAAAAUUACAGGAUUGUUGCUUAUAAAAAAUAAUAUGAUUAUUUUGGAGAGAUAGCUAUAGAACAAAGAAUUCCAAGAACAGCUACUGUAAUAACAAAAGAACCUUGUAUAUUUGCUAUAUUGACUUUUGAUGCUUAUCAAACAUUACUUAGUGAAUUAAAAGCUGACAAUUUAUAGUUAAGAUAGGUAGUAAUUGCACAAAUGCAUCCUUUUCAUUUAUUAAAUGAAUAGCAAUUAUAAUCUAUUUUACAUAAUUAAGAAGAAUUAAAUAUAUAAGCUGGAUGCAUAUUAUAUAAAGAAUAAUAAAUAGUAGAUUCAGUUUAUCUUAUUAUAAAAGGUGAAGUGCAGGUUUCAAUUAAAGAGAUUAUAAAUAAUGCUCCAGCAAAGAUUCGAGAAAAUAAAUAUUUUGUUAAUUUUCAAAAGUAAAAACGUAUAAAAAAUAUUGGUCUCUUUAGUGUUGGUUAAAUAAUAGGAGAUUAUGAAUUAUAUUUGAAUAAGAAAAGUAAUGAUAAACUUAUAAGAAGAACAACAGCAAUAGUAAAGAGUGAUUCAAGAAUUAUUAAGAUUCCAAGUUAAUAAUUUAUAGAUGUAAUUGAAUAUGGUUUAUCAUAAAAAUGGCUUAUUAAAUAUUUGAAUGAUAAAUAUGAACAAAAAGAGAAAUUACCUAUUUUAUAAAUAUAAGAUGAUACAGAGAAAUAAAAGACUAAUACUUUUGUAUCUCCUUAAUUAAAGAAGAUGAUAUUUAGAAUAAAAUAAUAUCAUGAUCAUAAUAAAAUAUCAAGUGAAAGAUUUUCAAAAGUUAAUUAUUAAUAUGAUUAAGAUAUGAAUACAGAUGAUCAACCAUAUACAAUACUUAAAAAUGAAAUAAAUUUAUAGGAUAAAUCUGUUUUAAAGUAUUUAGUAAGAGAUUAAAUAUUACCUAAAAAACCAAUAAAUAAUAUAUCUUAAUUUAGUGUAGAAAAAUUUGCAUCAUCUUUAAAAUCUCGUGUAUAAUUUUCUAAAAUAUUAACUUAACUUGAUGAUGAUAUGAGUUGUUAUAGAUUCUAUUCUUCACCUAUAAAAUAAAUGAUAAGUAAAUAAACAAAUAUAAAAAAAAUAUGUUCUCAGAUAAACUCUCCUUUAUUAAGAUAAUCAUCAUAAAUGCAUUGA